UUCUAGUCAUAGAUAAGUUACCUGCAAAACUUUUGUUACUCCCACGUAGGCCCCGAGGCGCUCUUCAGAGGUGUACCUGGCUGUGCUUACAAUUAAUAACUGCGUCGUGACUGCUGCCAACCACAAAUGGCAAGUUCCUUCAUGCACACAUCCUUCGUUGGUAGUUUGCUACUCUCUUUCACAGCAAACGCUUUGAAGGAAACAAAGUGCACAGCAAUGGAGAAUAGUAAAUUGACAUUUACAUUUCCAGUAAAUAUUAACUCAACGCAAACUGAUUUUUCAAUCUAUUUUUAUCCUGACAGCGGUGGAGAAGAGAAGCUGAUUGACUGUGCAUGGAUAGACCAUCAGCUUUACUGCAUCGGACAGGAAGGCUUCGAGUGCCAGCAGCCUGUGUCAGACAUUGUUGUCAUCACUGUACCUGUCAGAUUUGUCAACAAAAAGGGAAGUUACGGAUGCAGCACUAACGGCUUUCUGCCUAAUGCCAUCACCUGUCGUUUUUCGGGAAGGCAAGAUAAUGCAACUUGUGAGGCAAUUAAGCCUAGAGAGGGUGCUGAAGUAAUUUUCAACUGCAGAUUUUCGUUUAACGUGGACAGCUUCAGUAUAGAGAAAAACAAAAAUGUCUUAGCCAGCUUCACUAAGUCAGAUUGUCAAGGAUCCAGUGAGUGUCAUUAUGACACUGUGGGUGGUUAUGACAUUUUUCGUGUGACUCUUGCUGUGGAAGACGAUCCGGGUGGAGAGUAUGUUUGUCGGCCAAACACUUUUGUCCCGGAACUCCAAGCACAAGUGUGCAGCUUGUCUGUGGUCAAAGAAACCGAAAGUUCGUCCGUGUCGGUGGUUCCUGUGGUGUUGUCAGUUCUUGGUGUGCUGGCUUUGGCUUCGGUUUUGACACUUGGCUUUGUUAUUCUUAGAAAACGAAGGUCUGCAGUUCGUAAGAAAAUGGUGAACGUGGAAGAAUCCAGGCAACUUAAUUCGCAGUGAAUAACAGUUGUCACAACGAUCAGUAGAUUUAGGAAUAGAUGCUUGCGUGUUGCAAAGCGACUAUCCUUAAGUCGAAGUAGUUGUUGAUUAUUUGCCCCGGUUGUUACCAGCAGAAAUGUUUAGACGACAACUUGGACUUAUAUAUCACAACUAACAAUUGUCAAUGUGGUCAGCUUUUUAAAGUAUGAUUUUGUUUUGCUGAUCACUAUUUUGUCAUGAUAAAAUAUUACAAUGGGCACAAAUUGUGCUUAUAACUAUUUUUUAAUUACUGUAACCAUGGCACCGGUCAUUUGUUAAUUGGCCUUGUCAUGGAACAUGAGUACAGCUAACAUACUUUCGAGCUCUGUAAGCGUGUCCAUGUUCUAACUUCUAGUAGAGCAAUUCAAAAUAAUAUCACCUCACCAACCACGUUUCGCAAAAAACUGAAAACCCAUCUGUUUCUUUCAAACCAGUCUUAAACUACCAAGAAACACUUCUGUCUAUAUUUUUUACUUUCCUGGG